UAAAUUGUAACAAAACUAUUAACUACCCCGACGACAUAGAUUUUUCGAAAAUCCCCCAAAAGAGUAAAACAAGACUUCCAAAUUCUGAAGAAGUAAUUCUAGGGUUCUUACUUCACAUCAAUUCCUACAUCCGAAUCAAUGAAACUUGCAGGCCUAAAAUCGAUUGAGAACGCGCACGACGAGUCAGUAUGGGCUGCAACGUGGGUCCCUGCUACCGAGUCCCGACCUUCUCUCCUGCUUACCGGAUCACUUGACGAGACCGUCAAGCUGUGGAGCCCCAACCAGCUCACUGGAUCACUUGACGACCUUAACCUAGUGCGCACCAACACCGGACACUGUCUCGGUGUUGUUUCCGUGGCGGCGCAUCCCUCCGGCGUCAUCGCGGCUUCUGCCUCCCUUGAUAGCUUCGUUCGAGUCUUCGAUGUCGAUACCAAUGCUAGCAUCGCAACUCUCGAAGCUCCUCCAUCGGAAGUUUGGCAAAUGCAGUUUGAUCCCAAGGGUACCACUCUUGCAGUUGCUGGUGGUGGUAGCGCAUCGGUCAAACUUUGGGACACUGCAACAUGGAAACUGAUUGCCACCCUAUCAGUUCCUCGUCCAGAAGGACCCAAGCCAUCUGAUAAGAAUAGCAGCAAGAAGUUUGUGUUGUCAGUUGCAUGGAGUCCUGAUGGGAGACGACUUGCUUGUGGCUUAAUGGAUGGCACUAUUUCUAUUUUUGACGUAGCUCGAGCAAAAUUUCUCCACCAUCUGGAAGGCCAUUUCAUGCCUGUGCGUUCUCUUGUUUAUUCUCCUAUUGAUCCUCGGGUGCUCUUUUCUGCAUCAGAUGAUAAUCAUGUCCACAUGUACGAUGCAGAGGGAAAAAGCUUGGUUACAGCAAUGUCUGGCCAUGCAGGCUGGGUAUUAAGUGUUGACGCAAGCCCUGAUGGAGCAGCUAUUGCAACAGGCUCAAGUGAUAGAACUGUAAGGCUAUGGGAUCUUAAUAUGAGGGCUGCUGUUCAGACAAUGAGCAAUCAUACAGAUCAAGUUUGGGGAGUUGCUUUUCAGCCACCACAAGGGUCUGGUGCCCGUGGUGGUCGACUUGCUAGUGUAUCAGAUGACAAAAGCAUAUCACUCUAUAGUUACUCCUGAAUAUAGUUGGCCUGUAAGGUGUAAAAACAUCAAGCAUGUUGUUUGUUGCGUGAUUUAGUUCUGCUUUUGAUAGUUCAUGAAAUUUUUGUUAGAUCAUUUUAUCUGCUGCUGCUGAUUAUUAUUAUUAUUA